AUGGAGAACAACCUGAACUACCUUGACCAAAAGGCUCCAGAGUUGAAGAGAUUGAUGACGGAGUUCACCAAGUCUAAGGAUGUCGAAGCGGAUCCGAACGAGCCAGAUGUUGGUCUCAACAAAGACCGCAACUUGACACCAGCGCAGGCUAAUAAGCGAGUAUGGGACGAGGCGGCUACAACGGUGGUGGCUGGUGAUUGGGAGAUGACUAACUGUACUCUCCAAGACUUGGCGUUAGACUUCGAAGAUGAGGAUUACGACGGAUUGGAGCCAGAAGAUAUGGAAUGGCCACAAUACUCUGCAUACGAUUCCGAUGACGAGGCCAUCUAUGAGGAUCCGACCGGCUUUGGGCGGAUG